AAAGGUUUUGGAUUUGUGAUUUUAAUUUCGAAUGAAAAAAAAAGAAACGGAAGAGGAAGAGUUUACGUUGUGCAACUUCUUCUCUGUGGGAGUUUCUAUUUAUUCUCUGAUUAUACAGAUUUAUCGAGUCGCCACCGUUUCUCUGGAGAAGGAUUGUAAACUAACUCGCAGGGUGAAAUUAAAAAUGCGUUGCGAGGAGGUAAGAAGUUGGACAUUUCCAGGUUUGGUGGCAGCGUUUCUCGAUCUCUCCGUAGCUUUCUCGCUGCUUUGCGCCUCUUCUCUCGUUUAUCUAACCUCCAAGCUGCUCGGUGUCUUCGGUCUGAGCCUCCCCUGCCCUUGUGAUGGCAUGUUCAGUGACCCUCGUAAGAACAAGUGUUUCCAAGAGACUCUAGUGAAUCUUCCCGUGAAAAAGAUCUCUUCUGUGCAGAGAUCCGUGAUGAAUACAACACCUUUUGAUGUGGGUGGUAAGAAGAGGAAAGGAGAGGGUAGUAGACACGUUGGGUUUGAGAAAGAGGUCGUCUUUAGUACUCCUUCUUGUGUGAAGGAGGUUGAGAAUGCUUCGUGCUUCGAUCUUUUAACCUCGCAGAGUUUAAAGAAAGGGAGUUUUAAUGUCAAGAAGAGUAAGCGUCUCAGCUUCCAUAGGUCCCCUCCUUAUGGUCAAAGUAAGCACUCUCCCCAAUCACCAGAGAGGACACUUUCAUGGGAGGGAGAGGGUACAUGCACUUCCCCCCCUGUGGAUCAGCCUAAUGAGACUCUUGAACAGGUGUUGAAGGAAGAACGAGCUUCUCGCGCUGCAUUAGCUCUUGAACUCGAGAAAGAGAGAAAUGCUGCGGCGACUGCUGCUGAUGAGGCUUUGGGUAUGAUACUGAGGCUGCAGGAAGAGAAAGCGUCGAUAGAGAUGGAAGCUAGGCAGUAUCAGCGGAUGAUAGAAGAGAAGUCAGCUUUUGACGCUGAGGAGAUGAGCAUUCUCAAAGAGAUUUUGCUGAGGAGGGAGAGGGAGAAACAUUUCUUGGAGAAAGAAGUUGACACCUACAGACUAAUGUUCCUUGAAACUGAGCAGCAACCUCUUCCCAACACUCCAGAUCCAAAACAGACGACUGACUCUUUUGGAUUUGAUAUCUUCACUAAUCAGACGGACAAUGAGGUGAAUGGAGUAGACCAAGAUUCAGAGAUAGAGGAAGGCAUUUCAUUUCCAGAACCAGACUCUGAGUCCAAGAAGGUUGGUGAGGAUUGUUGUGUACAUGAUAUCCAUGUGGUCAAAGAUGAAGACAACGAAGUGCAACUGAAUGUUCCUUCGGACCAUAUGGUUCGGGAUCUUCUCACUCUGGAUAGAUCACAAAGUGUUUUAGGUACAACAAGUUAUGGACUUCCACCGGCGUUUCCACAAGGACAAAGGAUCAUGUCUCCAAAUAUGCGCAGAAACUCAAUGUCAGCUGUUGACUAUGAAAGACUUAAAAUAGAAGGUGAAGUUAGUUUGCUGAGAGGACGUUUGAGGGCUGUGCAGAAGGGAAGAGAGAAGAUCAGUUUCUCUUCCAAGGAACAGAGCAAAUCGCAGGUGCAACGUUUUGGAGAUAAAACAAGUCGGUUCUGGGAGGCUAAAGGAACGGGACCUAUCGACUCUUCAAGCCCUUCUUCCACAAUGGUAAAAGCAAUGUCUAUGUCAUUGGACCUGCAUAGCGCUUGAAAGUCGAAACUACAAGGUAUGAAUUUUUCUCGCAUUACGCAACACAAAUAUAACAGUAUGGGCAACACAAUGUCUGCCAAACUCUAAUGUGGUUUUUGCUUGGAGUACGUUUUCUGUUGGGAGUUUUUGUUUCAAACAUUGUACUAUAAACGGUAUCGUUUCGGAACAAAAUAGGGACGCUUUUGUGGUGGUCUUUAAUUAAUAACGGUGUGAAUACUUUCUCUUUUCCAUCUUAAUGACAUUUGCCUUUUUUCUAUUUUUGUGAUAAGUGAUAACCCUUGA